UUCCCCUACUUUUCUGCUGUCAUUCUCGUUUACGCAUUUGCCAACGAAAUACUAUUCGAAAAUACGCUUACCCCUAGUUGUUUUUAAUCAGAAACGCAAAAAACAAAUUGAAAUCAAGUAAAUUUUGUAAUGCCAAUAAUUUAUUGUUCAUCGAAGAUAUACGGUGUCAAAGAUUUACACAGUGCGAUCGCGAGAAAUACAUCAGAAAAUUUGAUACGCAGAGCUGACAAUUUUCUGCGUUCCUUCGCAAGUCUUCCGAAAUAAGUGUUGUGCGGAGCAUAUGAAUAUAAAACGAAAUAUUUUAUUUCUAAUUACGUCAACAAAAAGAGCAAAAACACAACCACAUGCCUACAAAAACAACUAUACAUAGUUGUGCAAAAAAUAUAAUUGAAAAUAAAUAUAAAACUAACGGUGCCAAAAAACAACAAUACAGUAAAAAAGAAGCGAUUGAGUUAAAUGUGUACAUAUUCAUCAACAAAAAUUAAAAAACAAUUUAAUAUUUUCUCAGUACAGUCUUGUGUGGUAUUUAUUAGCUCCAUUUGACAUCAACCAUAGAAAAUGGUAUGUGAAUGCAGAAGACGCUCUCCAGAUUGUUAAAAUAUACAAUUUUGUUUCGAUUGAAUGCCUAAGUUUACAAAAAUACUUCAUAGUGGUUGGAAAUUGUGUUUAAUUUUAAAACUAAUCCUGACGAUUGUCGCAGGCAAAAUAUAAAACAAGUGGUAGUUGAUGAAGCAAAAGAGAAGUAAGGAAUUAAAAUGGCAAAUGAGACGGGUUUAAGAGUUAAAGUGGAUCUUACUGAGUCGGAUUUGGUUGAAUUACUUUCGGUUUUCGCGAAAAGAGCAUUUGAUGCUUCCACAACUGAACCUGGAUCAUUAGAUGCGGUUAUUCUGUACAAUUGCGAUUAUCUGAUGAGCUUGGACUACAAUGUUUUUAAUAUAGACAACAGUGGUGGCGUACUUUGUGCCCGUUAUCCCCCAUCAAUUUUUGUGCCCGAAUCCGAACUUGACCAAGUGUCAACAGCCGGUGAUGGUUCGGCGAACACAGCGUGUAAUUCGAACGGCACGAACGGUUACGAAUGUGCUAACGGUAGUGACGGUAAUGCGAAAAAUCGAAAACCCAACCGUCAUUCCAAUGGGACCAACGCGCGCAGCAUUACUCCCACAAAUGAAAAUGAGAAUAGCAAUAGCAAUAGUAAUGGCAAUGCCAAUGGCAAUGGUUGUGAUAAUUACACGGGGAAUGGCUGCGAUAGCGAUAGUACUAUUCAAUCGUUUGUUACCGUUACACGACCGCAACGUUCGCCCAAACAGCGCACCAUCUAUGAAGAGAUGUACGAUGCCAACAGAAUACGUGAUCUGAUAACUCGUGCUCGAUAUGCACGAUGUCGUCAACGUUUCGUUGCGCCCGUUAUAUAUUUUCGUGGUCAAUAUAUUUGCCGAUCCGCUACAGUAUCUGUGGUGCACGAAACCUACUCUCGUUACGCGUACGAUUACAUAACAUCGGGUAGUGGCAACGAAACACAACAACGCACGAAUGAAGAAGAAAAUCCCGAUUCUUCCGAGGAUUCAUUACUAGGCUCGUUAAAUGACACGCCAUCGCCAUUUUCCUAUAAUGAAAUGAUACGAAAUGAUAUUGCCCUACUAAAUACGCUAAAUAUCAAAACUAUCGUCGAUUUGAUGGUUGAACAAAGGAAGGUGAAAUUCUUUUUUACCGUUUCCUCAUCGGAGAAAGCCGACCCCGAGCAUAAUUAUAAGAAUUUCAAUUUACUCGCGCUGCCAUACCCCGGUUGUGAGUUCUUCAAGAAGUUUCGUGAACACAAUUAUAUGGCAACGAAUUUGCAUUACAACUGGCAAAAACCCUUUAACAAUGCCAACAUAAGUAUACCGAAAAUCGGACCCGCAAUGGAUCUCGACAUUAACUGGGAGGAAUACCGGAAAUGGGAUUUGGUUGAGAUCACACAGAAUUACCUUAAAGCAAUGCUUAAAUAUGUGCAGGAAGAGAAUAGUGGCCUUUUGGUACAUUGCAUAAGCGGUUGGGAUCGCACGCCGCUGUUCAUCUCCCUGCUACGCCUAUCGCUUUGGGCGGACGGCCUUAUACAUCAAUCACUCAACUAUAUACAGAUAACGUAUUUUACCUUGGCCUAUGAUUGGUAUUUAUUUGGUCACCAACUACCAGAUCGCGAGAAGCGUGGAGAAGAUAUUAUGGUCUUCUGUUUUCACAUGCUGAAAUUUCUAACCAGCGAGGAGUUCAGUUUAGGCGAGCAUAGAAAACGAACAAAAACAACCAGCAGUAGUGGUAGUUGUGGUCUCGCACCAAGACAUGAGGAUGAUGCGGCGUUGAGAGAAGAACUAUAUUUAGCCGCUUGCGAUCAUGAUAGUAACGAUAGUUUUUCAAAUAUUUCCAACUGUGAUUUGCAAAUAACUGACACAUUAACCGCUAUGACAAUAUGCAACGCUUCGACACAAGCAACAACGAGCAAUAAUACAAUCACUAAUCGUUCGCCAAAUUCUAAACGAUCACGCACAAGUCCUGUGCCUGUGCCUGGCGCAAAUUCGACGCGUCAACGCCAAGAAUCCGUAUCAUCAAACAGCAGUUGGCACUUGGUCACAGAUACUGGCUCUAUAGACUCCGUUGUGGCUGGCAGUUAUAUGCGUAAUCAUGUUGCACAGCGUUCAGAGUGCGGUUCGGUGAAUUCAAAUAGUAGCAAUCAAUCGAGUAGACGCUCUAAUGGCAGUACUACAAGGUUUAGUGGAAGCGAUACACUAGAUAGCAGUCCAAGUGCGCACAAUUCGAGCGGUUGCAGUAAUAAUAGUGGGAAUAGUUUUAAUAGUGCGGUGAGCAAUCAUAGCGCGGGUCCAAGUAAAAUGCUGCCAACUACAACCGAAAGCAUUGCGACUAUUAGUAAUGGCGAACAAGCGAAAUCUUCGUCACCGAAACCAGAUGACAGUCGCAUAAAAAUAACUACACGCGAGAAACGUCUAAACUCUGUACGUGCCAUCUUCGUGCGUGCUUAUGGCAAAGGAGUGGGCCUAAAAUUGCGCGAAGGUACCGGCAUAAGUAUUGGAACGUUUAUUGGAACUUUAUUCUGAAGUGUUGAAUCGAACUUGAACAUGCGACGUAAAUUAAGUGUACGCAAACAUACAUACAUACA